CAUCUGGCAACAAAUCGUGUGCCAGAAACAAGAAAAUUGCGGGUAAAUUAAACAUUAGUUUGUGUAUCCGUGGCAAAGAGAACAGACGUUUUCUUCACUUCAGAAAUAAUAUUGCAAUACUGAAUUGAACAAGAUGACUUCUGCUAUUAUUAUGUCUCGUAUCGAAUCUGAUUUGUCAGCUCAAUUGAAAUCAUCAAAGAUCAACGACGAAAACAAGGCACCUGUGUCUAAAAAUACACUAAACCAACGUAAACCACUGGGAACAAGUCAGUUACAGAAUUCAUUAAUUGAACAAAGUUCUGAUAAAUUAAUUACCAAACAAGAGCCAGUAAAAGUAGAGUCAAAACCAGUUGCCAAGAAGGAGCUUCUUGAAGAACCUUUGCUGAAAGAAAACCCCAACAGAUUUGUGCUAUUUCCUAUCCAGUACCAUGAUAUCUGGCAGAUGUAUAAAAAGGCAGAAGCCUCCUUCUGGACAGCUGAGGAGGUGGAUUUGUCUAAGGACCUGGAUCAUUGGGAAAAAUUGAAGCCAGAAGAGAAACAUUUUAUCUCCCAUGUUUUGGCUUUUUUCGCAGCCAGUGAUGGCAUUGUUAAUGAAAAUUUGGUUGAGAGGUUCAGUAAAGAGGUCCAAGUAACAGAGGCUCGUUGUUUCUACGGCUUCCAAAUUGCUAUGGAAAAUGUUCACAGUGAAAUGUACAGUCUACUCAUUGACACAUACAUUAAAGAUUCAAAAGAAAGAGAUUUUUUGUUCAAUGCCAUAGAAACUCUGCCAUGCGUGACAAAGAAGGCUGAAUGGGCUAUCAAGUGGAUUGGUGAUGAAGAGCACCCAUACAGUGAAAGAGUGGUUGCUUUUGCUGCUGUUGAGGGGAUAUUCUUUUCUGGUUCCUUUGCUGCCAUUUUCUGGUUGAAAAAACGUGGAAUCAUGCCUGGUCUUACCUUCAGCAAUGAAUUGAUUAGCCGUGAUGAGGGAUUACAUUGUGACUUUGCCUGCCUGAUGUUCAAACAUUUGUUAAACAAGCCUUCCCAGGAUCGCAUUUAUGAAAUCAUUAAAGACGCUGUGGUUAUAGAACAGGAGUUCCUCACAGAUGCUCUGCCAGUCAACCUAAUUGGCAUGAACUGCAACUUAAUGAAACAGUAUAUUGAAUUUGUUGCAGACAGGCUCUUAGUGGAGUUGGGGUGUGAAAAAUGCUACAACUCAGAGAAUCCUUUUGACUUCAUGGAACACAUAUCAUUAGAGGGAAAAACAAACUUCUUUGAGAAGAGAGUGGGAGAGUACCAGAAAAUGGGGGUGAUGAACAAAUCCCCCACAAGCCACCAGUUCUCUCUGGAAGAAGACUUCUAAACCUCACUCAUCUCUCUCAACCCCUCAUCUUGCUCUGUACAGAUCUCUCUAAUGUAUUGUUUUAAAACUACUCCACAAUCAUUAUAGGUUUUAUACAUGUUUACUUAGAAAGUUUUAACACUGCCUCUUUUUACUGAGCAUUUAACUUGAAAUUCUUUUAAUUUGGCAUUAUUUUUAAGAACUAUUUAUAUUAAUGGUACACGUGGUUUGUAGUGUUAAAAUUUUUACAUUUAUUUAAUGUCUGCAUUUUAAAGACUUAGUCUGUCUGUGUUGUAUUUGUAAAUUAUUUUGAGAAUGCAUGACUUAUGAAGCAAGAAUUUCUAAAAUACUGAUGGUAUGGUGCUAAAUUCAAUAUGUGCAGGUCAUUUUCUUAUGAUAAUUUAUAGAUUUGACAACAGUAAUUUUUGACUGGUUUUUAUGUGGCAUUCAUAAUUAAUACCUGUAUAUAAUAAAUUUUAAAUGCAUUAAUUUAUUUGUAAUAAAUAUUUGUGAUAAAUUAAA